AUGCUAGACCGCCAAAACUUCAUCACAGCUGAUCACAUCGACGAGGAAGUAAAAAAGGCCUACACGUUACCUAUUACCUCUCUCGAUUUGAUUGUCGAUGAGUCCACCCUCAACUUUCGCCAUGAGCUCCACCAAAUACCACCUAUAAGCACACCCGAGGCCGACUUCAGCGGGGAUUCAGAAAGUGACGACCCCCCGACCACUCUGACAGAGUCUGCCAGUCCAUCCCCAACUUUUGCUGCUCUAUCCAGUCGCGGCAAGUCGGAGUCCUUGACUUCAACCAUCAGUGGAGGGGCAGUGGUAAGCAAUCUCUCCUUGGUGGUGCCUGGAAAACGGGGGAAGAGAUUUGCAGAUCUUCCUGUCGUUAGCAUCAAGGGCAGUAAUAAUGUCAAUGCUCAACUGUUGGCCACAGUGCCUGGUCGUAGGCGGAGAAAGCAAAACCAAGUUCCUGUUUUGCUUUUGCCUGAGGAAGGAAAUCAUGUCCUAUUAGAUCAGGCAGUCAAUGGUGACUUGCCUGGUGGCGCGAUGCCUGUCUGGAAUUCGAUUAAGAGAACAAGACCAGAUGCAAUGCAGCAUAUAUUCAAAACAAACAUGGACAAAUAUGUGCUUUCGGGGGAUAUUAAGAACUUUUUUGGUAUCAAGGGCCUGCAUGCCAAGAUUUACAAAUUCAAGGGUCCUGGAAUGGACAAUGGCAAACAAAGUGCCGAUAAUACUGAAUGCGAUACUGCAGACCAUACUGCAGGCGAAACUUCAGGUGACAAUAAAACCGAAGAAAACAAAGAGCCAGUCCGUGAAAAGAUCAAACUGAACCCCGACAGUCUGGCACUAAAAGGACAGCCGUUGGGCACCCUCUUCCCGUUCAUCGAUGACGAAGACCUCAAGAAAAUACCCAUCACAAAUCUGGAAUUCACCUACUGCGAGGAGAAGCAAGGUACCUUCUUCCUUCCCGGUCUUCGCCUCGAAGUCGACGUGAUGCUCAAGGAUAGUCUGCAGUGGGCGAGUGAUACAUUGAAGACUAUUUUCGGUGACCAGCCGAUUCCGGAGUCCAUUCAUCUGAGUGCCCAUCUUGGAGACAAGAGAGACUGGACCAAGCGGCCGGUAAUUGAGAAACUCGUUCUCCAAGGAUACUUUCCAACUAUAGGGCUGAAGAUCUGGGAUGUCCUUCAGUUCAAGACAAUAGGUAUCGAGAUUACCGGUACAAAGGCAGGCAGAAGCAUCAAACCUACGCCUGAGAAGGAAGGGAAAAAUGGGACACACGAAGCCAAAGACCCAUCCUCUGAUGAUGCAAGCAAAGACAAACCCAAGGCCAGUACCGAAGAGUAUGAGACAAAGCCUGAUCCAGACGGCAAGAGAAAGACGAAUCCUCAAAGUGAUGAUAAGGAUAGAACUGAGCCAGAUCUUGCAAUGUCAGAGAAAAACGAGUCCGAAGCCGAUGGUAAGGAGAAGAUCAACCCUAAAACUGACGAACCCGACAAACCCUCUACAGGAGAAGAUCGAGAAGGCAAAACAGGCGAGGACAAGAAAGAAGACGAGAAGCCAAAGUCCAAGGAGAAAAAGUCCUGGAACUUUGGCUUUGGCUUUUUCGGAACACUCAUACUCACCAACGUCCCUCAUGCAAAUGCUCCCGUGGAAUUGAAUUACCGGAUUGCCAGGGACUUUGAAACUGAUGGGAGUGGAGGUGAUGACGGAGAUGUGCUUGCCGAUGAUCAGGCCCCGGAAGACAAGCCUGAAGAUGACACUAAGCAGAAGGCCGAAUCAAUCACGACAAGCGCCACAAAGACUGAAGAACAAAACGGGAAGGAGCUCGUCAAAGGCGGCUCCAAGAAUCCAGCUACCAAGGCUCCAGAACAGAAGAAGCCCACGAAGCAAUACUCGGAUGGAGAACACAGAAGAAUCUGGAACAUGGUUAUCUGGUGUGACGAAUGGGAGGACAUCUACGGCAUUAAGAAUGUUUCUUUGACAAAAGCCGAGCUCAAAACCUCCUUUGAACAAGGCAAAUUUGCAGAGACGGCGAAGCUGGACCUCGAAGCCAAUCUGUCGCUAGGAAACGGAACCUUUACCGUUACGGGAAAGAUCUCUAGGGAUGAAAACUUCCUAGAUGCCCAAGUCGGCGAUCUCACACUGAGUGACAUCAAGAAGAUUCACGCCCAGAUUGCUGGACGGGAGCUACCAGUAGUAGCAGACACAGAGGCAGAUGCAAUGGCAGAAGCUAAAGGCAACGAAAUCACUUUCAAGAAGCUCCAUCUCAAUCUGUCGAGCACCAAGGUUGGAGGUAGUACAGACAGGUCCUUGCAACUGGAUGGUGAAGUUACGUUCAACGAGCAUAGCAGUGCCAGUGCCUUGAUCAAGAUCGAUCAGGAUGGUGUGACAAUUAAUGGUGAUAUUCAGGAGUUUAAUAUUCCUGACACUCACCUCACGAUCAAAAAGGCUGGACUACAUAUUUAUAUUGCGUUCAAGCAGGGCCAGAAGAAGGAGAAGGCUGUCAAAGGUGGAAAGGGACAAAAGGACUCCAAGGCCACCACUGACAAGCCAGAUGAGUCUGAAAAGCCGGAGAACGAGUUCGAGAAGCCAGCUGAGGAGCCUAAGAAAUCAGAUCAGAGGGAAACCAAGCCUGAUGAUAGGGACAAAGGUGAGGAUGCUAACGGCGACAAAGCGAUAACAAAACCAGAGGACGAGAAGGAAACGGCCGAGGACAAGCCCGAAGUGAACAAACGCGCGAGUCAGUUCUCGAUUCUGGGUACCGUCCAAAUCGAGAACUUCACCGUGACUGUUGGUCUGCACAUUGAGCAGAAGAAAGACAAGCAGAACCGCGACUGGAUCCUUGUGGGUACAGUUGAGAGCAUCAGAUUGAACGAGCUCUGGGCAGACGUCAAGGGCGGAUUCCUGGACUUGGAGCUGGACAAUGUGACCCUGAUUGCAUCGUCAGAGGAGCGAGAGAAACAGGAAAUAUCAUCCACGAGCACAGCAGACAGCUGGGAUAUCCUGGCCAAGAUCGAUUCGUACGGCUACCCUGUUGUCAAGGGCGUUCAAUUGUGUGCAUCUAUCAGAAAGUUCGAAAAGCUUGAUCAGCUCAACAACAAGAAGAAAGUGGACGGUCUCUUGCUGGCUGUGGCUUUCCCAUCCAAGGGCAAGUUGCAAAUCAGUAUCGACAUGCCCAAGACAUUGGAGAUUCCUCUCCGUGACUACGCAAAACUAGGCGGAUUUGGUGCCGCUAUCAUUGCUGGUGAUGCCGGCCCUAUCUUGCAGUUGAACGCAACCUUGACUCUGCUGUUUGAUGAUCAACCUCCGAUCAGGGUUAGAGGUUACAUCAAUGGGGACAUUGAACGUGCCGAAGGAGGGCUUUAUAUGGCCGCGGAGGAUAGAUGGAUCAACCCGUUCAAAUUGAACAAAAAGGCAGUCGUAUCCAAACUAGGCAUUGGUGCCGGAUUUAAAUAUGCGACUGUCUGGGCUCAAGGGCCGGACCGUCUUAUGGCCACAGGAAGACUCGAGCUUGGUAACGAUUUCCAUGCGGAGAUGGACCUGAGCUUAGGUACAGGCAAGGAUCUGGUUAUCAACGUCGAUAUUUCCGAAAUCAAUGUGGUCAAACUUGUCCGUCUGGCCGGCGAGUUGGCUGACGUCCAGGCCUUGAAGAAUAUCCAAGGCGGCGACGAUAUUCUCGUGUUUCGCGCUGUCAAGCUCUACAUGUCCAGAGGUGGAAAGAUCUUUGAUGUCGAGUACGAACGCGGUAUUAUUAUUAAAGGUAAGGUGGAAUUCUUUGGAAAGACCGGCGAUUUUGACGGACGCUUCACCGACGAUGGUGUUAUUAUUAAGGCUGGUAUCGACCAGUUCAACAUUGGAGGCCUAGAAGUCACAUCUGCUUCGGUGGGUGGAAAACGGGCGACACUGGAUGUGGAAAUGACAAAGACAAAACAAAGUAUCCUGGUUGACGGUAUGAUUCGGUAUCAAGACUUCCACGCGAGUAUCUUCAUCGACGCCGAUAUGCAAGAAAGACGGCUAGAUGCCAAUAUCGAUAUCAAAUUUAUCGAGCAACUAUCCUUCAAGCUCAAGGCCAAGGUCAGGGUCCCACAAGGCAACAAGCUCGACGGCCUUGUAGCCAAGUUCGAAGCAGAACUCACACCUGACGUUGCCGGCGCAAUCUUUGACGGUAUCAAGAAUGGAAUCGAUGCGAUUGGAAAGGCUGCCACGCAGACGAUUGACGAUGCCAUCAAUGACCUUGAAGGGCAGAUCAGCGAAAACAAUGCAGAACUGCACAGAUUGCAGGAGAGAGUGGAUCAGCUCAAGAUCGAGUCUGGUACAGAGAUCCGCAAACGUGAGGCACAGAUCAAAAGUGACAAUAGUGAGUUGACCAAGUUGAGAAAAGAGCUUGAGAAACUUGGGGAAGAUGUCAAGAAGGCCGAAGACGAGAAGAACAGGAACGAUAGCGACAUAGCCCGCAGAAUGGUUGAAAAGGAAGCUGCAGAACGCAAACUGCAGAAUAAGAUUCGCGAGAUGAGCUCGGAAUACGACCGCAAGUUGAAGGAGCAACAGGACAACCAACGCAGAUGGGAGAUGGAGAAAGAAAGGCUAGAGAACGAGAAGAAUUCCAGAUGGGGCGAAGUGAUCAGGAGCGGUGCUGCGGCAGAAAUCACGUGGAAAGUUUUCGAUAAGAAGGUGGGCGAUGCCUAUUGGUGGAAGAACAAGUGCUGGGAGAGGCACGACGACGCCGCAUGGUAUAACAAGUAUGGAACUUGGAUCAUAUUCUUAGGCGCCAGUGCCGAACUCGAGCGAGCCAAGGGCCAACGAGACUUCUACGCCACUACGAUGAAUGCUGCAAAGGAUCUCAUGAACACCUCAGAAUACAAAGAAGUCGAAAAUGCCAUCACCCAAGCCUCAAACAAGAUCACCAACUUUAGCAGAGCCGUCGACGCACUUAACAGGAAAGGUGUUAUUGGCUACGCUCAAGAAAUGUGUCGCGAUGAGGAAGCAGAACGAGACCGCCAGAUCCAACUGCUCACAGAACUCGAAACAGAAAGCAGGAGACUGGUGGCUGCGCUUACCGAGGCGAAGACCGAACUUGAAAACAACCGAGGCAGAAUCACGACGGCUCAAAGAAAAGCACAAUCAGCUAUUGCCCAACUAGAGGAGGAAAUCAAACUCAAGCCGUUCGAUCUUGAACUACGCGCCAAACAGAUUGAACACGCCAAUGUUAACGCGCAGGUCCAGACCAUCCAGCAAACCCUCAAGGAUAUCAGGAAUGGCAUCGAUGCAGGAACGCAAGCAGCCAAGCACACUGUUGAAACGUUGAAGAAGGGAAUGCCUCGAGUCACCCUAAUCAUCGUCAAGGCCAGCACUGAAAGCUUUAUCAAGAACGAGCCGCUGGUCUUUUCAUGUGACAUCGAAUGGUUGGGAGAGAAUAGUAACCUCGAAGUGACUUGGGCUCCGGGAAUGAAUGCAGCCGAUCUCUAUAAAGAUAUUGCAGACAAGAUCAUCAAACACAAUUAG